AUUAGAAUUUUCUUCGUUCCUUAUUCCAAAAUGGCGUCAGCACUCUGCAGGAGCGUUUCUAAUAUUUCUCGUCGUUGUAUUGCUUACAGCUCUUUAAGAUUUGCAAGUGCGGGUCCAGUAGUUGAUCCACAAAAAGGAAAACUUGUAUCGGAUGCUGUUACGAUGCCUGAUGGAUUAGGCCACUCUGUUGGUCCUGAACGUUGGGAACUUUUGGCCCGCUUAGCCGGAAAUGAAGAUCCAUUUGAAAUGAAGGUGAAUAAGAGAACAGGAGGUACACUGGAUAGCCCAGUUGCUGUUCCAUCUAUGUAUGAAAAACGUUUAGUUGGCUGUAUUUGUGAAGAAGACGCUAUCAGUAUAAAUUGGAUGUAUCUUCACAAAGGUGAGCAGAAGCGUUGCCAAUGCGGUCACUGGUUCAAACUGGUCGAAAUGAAACCAAUCGACAUCGCCGCUUAG